AUGGUAAAAGAACCAACAGUCGCUAUGGAAGCCAAGAAGAAACAUAGGAAAGUGCUUCGGGCGAGUUUCACCAAAGUUGCCAACGAAUUAGACACUCUGUUACAGGUUGACAAACCUGUGCACUGUGAUGUAGAAAUUUCUUGGGAAUGUCUGAAAGGGAAAUUCGAUGAAUUGCAUGCGUGGGAGAAUCAAGUUUAUGAGGCCCUGCUGGAAAGUGCUACGGAGGAGCAGCUUAUGUCAGAAAUGGACAGCAGUGACGCCUACCAGAGAAGGUUCACCGAGCUACGUCUGAGAUGUAAUAAGGUGCUUCUGCCGGGACACGCAACUGCGGAAGUAGAUGAUAUGUUCAGAAAGGUCCAUGAGGAUCCCGAUAUAGACAGUAGUGACAAAAUCGAAUAUUUAAUACAAGCCACAGUACCGGGCAGUAGGGCGCGGCAACUUGUAGAGAGUUUUCCUGUGGUAGGAGAAAACUAUGGCAAAAUUGUGGAAUGUAUGCAGGCUAGGUUUGGUAGGGACGAUCUACAAAUUGAAGUACAUGUCAGGGAGUUAUUAAAACUAAUUUUGGGUAAUACAAGGUCUUCCCAGAAAUCAGAUAUCUCCAAGCUUUACGAUGAGAUCGAGACACAACUUAGAGCGCUUGAAACGGUAGGAAUAACUUCGGAUAAAUAUGCAGCAAUGCUCUUUCCACUGAUUGAGUCAUGUUUGACGCAGGAUUUGUUAAGAAUUUGGCAGCGUUCAUCUUAUAACUCGUCUCAAAACGGUGCCGAUUCUAUUAGGUCUUUAACCGCGGAUGCUACACUUGAAAUUAAACUUAAAAAUCUUAUGAGUUUUUUACGAGCUGAAGUAGAAAACGAACAAAAGAUCUGCUUGGCAAGUGAAGGUUUCGGUUUGUUAGACAAUUCUGUUAGGUCAGGCAGUAGUGUUGAUCAUAAAAAGAAGUCUGCAAAAGAUCUCUCAACUGCAACAGCGGCUGGGCUGCUAAAUGCUUGUGUUGCCAAGUGUAUCUUUUGUGCUGGAUGUCACAGUAGCGAUAUGUGUUUCAAAGCUCAAAAAAUGGGUUACGACGAGAAGAAAAACAUUAUAGCAGAAAAGAAAGCUUGCUUCAAGUGCCUAAAAGUUGGACAUCAGUUAAGAAAAUGCCGCAGUCGAUUGAGGUGUGUUGUCUGCGGACAAUCACACGCACCAUUGAUGUGUCAAAGCUUACCUAGCAUCAAGCAAGAAUCCGAUGGUGCAAAAGCUAAGGAUGCAGGUGGAGAUCAAGUUAUGACAAAUCAAACAAGCAAACAAGUUUUCUUACAGACACUGCGAAUUACUUUAAAAGGAGCUACUGGUACAAGAAAGGUUAGAGCCUUGAUAGAUAGUGGAUCGCAACGAUCAUACAUAUUGAAAACUACAGCACUAGCGCUUGGUUUGAAGCCUAAGCGAAUUGAAAAGAUAGUGCAUUGUCUAUUUGGCGGUCAGAUGUCUACCGAUACGCAUUAUUGCUAUGAUGUUGCUAUGGUUAAUGGGAAGUACACGAAGAAUUUUGAAGCUUUAGAUCAACCAUACAUAUGCAACGAAGUCGCUCCGAUUUUCAAUGGUCCCUGGAUGGAAGAAUUUAAACGUUUGGGGGUUAGUAUCAGCGAUUCAGAAAACUCUGACCCUAUCGAACUUCUGUUAGGAGCAGACAUUGUUGGGUCAUUGUACACCGGGAGACUCCAUAAAAUACAAUGUGGACUGACUGCAAUGGAAACCAAUCUUGGGUGGACAGUAAUGGGCCGAGUCUCAGGGUCCAAUAUUCGAUCCAAUGAGACAAUGACUGUUCUAUCUCUAUUUGCAAAUCCCUCAAUCGCAGAUUUGUGGCAAUUGGAUGUACUGGGAAUACAGGAACCCACUGAAAAGAAAACUAAACAAGAAAUGGCUAAUGCAGCGAAGGACUUGUUUCUUCAAACGGUUACCAUAAACAUGGAGGGGAGAUAUGAGGUUCGGUUACCAUGGAUUGAAGGACAUCCCCUGUUACCAACGAAUCACAGUGUUGCAGAAAGCGGGUAA